AUGGAGAGGCAGAGCCCAGGGGAGAAGCAGGCAGAUACUAAUAGGGCUGUGGCCACCACCACCCCCACCACAUCAGCUGCCGUCACCAUGGCAACAGUCAGCUCCGGCAGCACCACGUGCACCCAGGCGCCCACCGCUUCCCUCGGCAUUAUCCCAUCAGACAGACAGGCAGUCCAGGUGAUCCAGCACGCUAUCCACAGACCUCAGAGCAUGGCGGCCCAGUACCUACAUCAGAUGUACGCAGCCCAGCAGCAGCACCUCAUGCUGCAGACAGCAGCCCUGCAGCAGCACCAGCACCAGCACACCCCCCAUCUGCAGAGUCUGGCCACCAUACAGCAGGCUUCAGUCUGUCAGAGGCAGUCUCCUUCUUCAUCUACUGGCAGUUUGGUUCAACCUGCUGGUGUUUCCCAAAACUCGAUCACUUUACCAGCAUCUCCAGUGACAGCCCAGCUGAUUGGCCGCACCCAAACAUCCAACUCCACUGCUGCUGCAACCACAAUAUCCCAGCAGGCCAUGCUUCUGGGAAACCGACCAGCCAACUGUAACCAAGCUCAAAUGUACCUUCGAACUCAGAUGCUUAUUCUAACUCCUGCAGCCCCAGUGGCUGCAGUUCAGUCAGACCUCCCUGCUGUCACCUCCUGCUCCUCUUUACCUACCUCCUCUCAGGUGCAGAAUCUGGCUCUGCACGCCCACUUGCCUGGAGCUCUGGCUACAGCCCACAGUGUCAUCUUAAAGCCAUCCACCCAGUCCCAAGCCCUGUCUCCAGCCGCCUCUUUGUCCAAGAUGUCAAUCUGCGCUCUGAAGACCAACCAGCUGACUGACACCUCAACUGAAACAGGUCAGCCUGGAGCCCAGAUUAUAACCCCAGCCUACUCUCCAGUGCAGGCCCACGCUCUGGUCAAGCAGCAGCUGUCCUGUCCAUCAGGCCAGCGGGUGGCACACCACCAGCUCAUCCUCCAGCAGGCCACAGCAGGCGCUCUCAACCACAGGCAGCUUCAGCCCAUCGCCCUCAGAGUGGCACCCCAAGAAACCAACUCCAACAACCCUCUUCCUCUUUCAGUUAAAAGACUGACCACUCCCAGCACCAUGUCACAAACCAACGGUGACCCCCAAGCCCCCUCUUCUUCAUCUUCUUCUACUUCCUCUUCUUCUUUUUCUUCUUCUUCUCGAUCUGUCACCAACGUGUUUGCAUCAUCAGCUCAGGCCUCAAUCCCAGCUGCCACCGUUCAGCCUCAGCCUCCUCCUCUGGUGGCCGCUCCGCAGCGCCGGACCUCAUUCCCACAAAUGCAGAAUCAGCCUCCGCCUCCUCCUCCACCUCUGGUUCUCCCCAGGCUGCCCCAGAACCCCCCAGCUUCCCUCCAGAGGCUGUCUGUGCACUCGGUCCAGGCUUUGGCGGUCCAGUCAGGGCAGGUGCUGCUGACAGAGCAGGAGCUGCCCGUAGCUGAGGCCCUGGUCCAGAUGCCCUACCAGAACCUGCCUCCUCCUCAGACGGUGGCUGUUGAUCUGAAAGUGCAUACGGUCAGACGCAAUGAAACUCCAUCGUCGGGGCAAACGUGCAAAGCGAAUGGACUGAGUUCAGACGAGAGGAAAGAUGAAUGUUCUACAAGUCGACAGAGAGACAGGACCCCUACAGCUCUCAUUGUGUCUCCUAAGCAGAAUGGUGCAGCAGUGAUGGGUUCAUCCCCCGUCAUGUCCAGUCACUCAGUGAUCAGGUCACCACAGUUAGAGGAGCCCUCCCAGCACGGCAGCAACCUUCCCCCUCCACCUCCUCCUCUACCUCCUCCCAUCCUUCCCACCACAGUCAGAGGCCCCAGCCAGCCUCCCUCUGCCCCUACCAGUGUCCCAGGAAGCCCCGACAGGAUACUUACAACCCACGUCCUCACACACCUCAUAGAGGGCUUCGUCAUUAGAGAGGGCCUGGAGCCGUUCCCGGUGGGUCCUUCCUCACUCUUAGCGGACCAGCAGGCUUCACUUCCAGAGUCCCAGGAGACCCGCAGCAACGGGGAUGCAGCAGCAGAGGACAGUCCUCUUGAUGCUGACCAGUCAGAUUCAACAGACUCUGAGAUGGAAAAUGAUGGCCCUACAGCAGAUGAGCUGGGGGAGAGUGUUGCAGGUGUGCUGCAGUGUGAAUACUGCGGGAACAGAGGUUAUGCUGAGACAUUUCUGCGCUCCAAGCGCUUCUGCUCCAUGACGUGUGUCAGAAGGUUCAGUGUGAGCUGCACCAAGCGUAUCACCCUGCUGAGAGCAGGCCGCUGGGGUCACAGGCCAAUGGGCCGGAGAGGACGACCCCCCAGCAGAGUCAAUGGAGCCUCCAGAGAACAUUUCCUGAGACAGGCUCAUGGGUCAUGUGGCUCAGAGGAGACCCAGCAGUGCUCACUGAGGGAGGAGGAGGAGGAGGCGCAGGAGGAGGAGGAGGAGGAGGAAGAGGAGCCUCCUGUUCCCAUGAAGACCAGGCUCCGGAAGCAGGCUGAGAGGGAGCGAGAGAGGGCGAGAGAGCAGGAGAGAGAGCAGAGGAUGCCAGAAACGAUCAGUGUUUCCGACGGAGAGGAAGACGUCGGCUGUCCAUCGCAGUGGAACGUGGAACAAGUGUUUUCUUAUAUCAACUCUCUGCCAGGAGGUCAGGAUGUCGCUGAAGACUUUCGCUCCCAGGAAAUAGACGGACAGGCUCUGCUGCUUCUCACUGAGGAUCACCUGGUCAGCACCAUGAACCUUAAACUGGGACCUGCACUGAAACUCUGUGCCCACAUUAACUCUCUGAAAGAUGCAUAAGCAAUUAACAUUCCUACUCCUCGACUCCAAGAAAGAGUUUUGUGCUGCU